UAAGAUGUUUAUAUACUAUUCUCAAGUGGCUAUACUUCACAUACGACCAUACCCACUGGAAUAUACGGGAUCCCGUCCGCUCUCCCCUAGUCAAACCAGUGAGGGCCGAACUAGUACUCAGGUGGGUGACCACUGGGGAAUCCUCGGUGUUUGUGUAUGGUCGGUCGUAUGCGACUUCUCUGUGGCACUGACACCCCAGCCAUACGAAGCAUAAGCCAACUAGCCAGUGCCUGACCAUGAGCGAUUCAAGGCCUAUUCAUAGUAGUAUAAAGUUUUGAACUGCCAGCCAGCGGUCGAUUCUUGCUAAUUUGCUACAGAAGUCUCAUUUUAACAGCUUGAUGCAAGUUAGCGAAACGAGACAGUAUAGGGAUUGCUCUAUGUUUUUAUUCCAGAUCCAUAUGCACAUGAAAAUCUAGG